AUGUCUGAUGCAGUCUCACGCAAUUGGCACGACAUUGGCGACAUUGAUGAUGACGUCGACGCAGUGUUGAACCACGCCUGCAUCCACUUCGACGCCUACGUGGACUUCGGGAUCGCCGUCGUCAACGUCCAGCGGUUGGCUGGCGGGUCGUCCUCGGUACACUGCACUCGCGCCUUAGGAAAGCCUGCUGAAAAGCUUUCCGGGCCUGAAAACGAGGGUGACAGUAACCCCAAUUCGGAGUGGGAGGAUGACGAGGAUUGA